AAUAUGGCACCCUCUGGCAAAAAAUAUUCUGGAAAGUUACGAAAGGUAUCAGUGGAUGAUCCUAAAGGAGCCUAUAAUAUCCGGAAACAAACUAAAAAAGAUUUCAGCGAGUCAGAGGAGGAUAUUUUGGAAGGAAAGACUCCAGUAAUUGAUAAACGUGGGAAGAAAAGAUCUUCAAGACUAUUUGAAGAUGUGGGAGGUGAAGUACACAGUAUGCUGGAACGAUUUGGAGCUGACAUUCACAAAGCUCUUCUUGCCAAGAAAAGAAGACUAGAAAUUUAUACCAAAUCUUGUUUCAAAAGCAGUAAUCAGUUGAUUGAACAUUUUUGGAGAAUACAACAAGAGCAAAGGCAGAAGCUUCACCAAGAAUUUUCUCAGCAGUUUCUAACUUUGUUUGAGGAGUGGGAUUUAGAUCUGCAGCAAUCUGGGGAACAAGAAGAAAAACUAACUAAUUUGUUUCGACAGCAACAAAAGGUUUUUCAACAAUCUAGAAAUCUUCAGAGCCAGAGACUGAAAACAAUUAGACAGCUAUAUGAGCAGUUAAUAAAGAGUAUGGAGGACUUGGAGAAGAAUCAUGAAAAUCAGUUUAGUAAUGCACAAGCUGAACUUAAAAAAGAAAUGGCCAUGUUGCACAAAAAAAUUAUGAUGGAGACAGUAAGUCAUGAUUUAAUCACAUUUAGAAUAGAAAAAAGAUUAAUGUAA